AUCAAUAACACGCUCUUAUUAUCGCAAUUCUGUGGGUGGCUUACUGGUCUUUGACAUCACAAACCGACGAUCUUUUGAGCAUGUGAAGGACUGGCUACAAGAAGCAAAAAUGCAUGUGCAGCCCUUUCAGAUUGUGUUCCUGUUAGUAGGACAUAAAUGUGACUUAGUGUCACAGCGUGAGGUUACGAGAGAAGAAGCUGAAAAACUGUCAUCUGAAUGUGGUAUGAAAUAUAUAGAAACUUCAGCAAAAGAUGCCACAAAUGUUGAAGAGUCCUUUACAAUUCUUACACGAGACAUCUAUGAACUUGUAAAAAAAGGAGAAAUCUCAAUACAAGAUGGAUGGGAAGGUGUCAAGAGUGGCUUUGUUCCAAAUGUUGUACAUUCGUCAGAAGAAGCUGUAAAGCCCAGAAGACAGUGCAUCUGCUGA